GCGACAUUUCUCCGGUGGCGCCGUCCUCCUUCGGUGCUUCUGUGUGACAGACUCGGUCAAUAUGGCGGCGCACAGGGUGGCUUGUUUAGGUUUAAAUGCCCUUUAUUCUACUGUCUGCGCCCCAAAGCAGGCCCUGAGGAGCUGUUGGGGGGCGGUGGAGCAGGCGAGGAGUUACUACGUCGACUGGAGGAUGCUUAGGGACGUGAAGAGAAGACAGAUGGCUUUUGACUAUGCUGAUGAGAGGUUACGGAUCAAUGCACUGAGGAAGAACACCAUCCUGCCCAAAGAGCUUCAGGAGGUGGCCGAUAAAGAAAUUGCAGCAUUACCAAGAGACAGCUGUCCUGUGAGAAUACGCAACAGGUGUGUGAUGACAUCAAGACCUCGGGGGGUGAAGCGGAGAUGGCGACUGAGCCGAAUUGUCUUUCGCCACUUGGCUGACCACAACCAGAUGUCCGGGAUUCUGAGGGCAAGGUGGUGAUUGGGGAUCCAUUGGACACUACAGUCGGCUUGGAAUACAGAAAAAAGCUGUGUCAGUGGUUAGUGUCAUAAGCAGCAAAUCACCUUUUUUAAAUAUGUGUUAAUGUUUAAAGUAUCCCCUGAGAGUACUGCUGCAUAUUUUCUGUAUAUUCUGAUAAGAUAAUAAAUCAAAUCCUUUGGCAGAUUAUUUGCUUUGUUUGUGUCGUGGCUCUUCUAAAUAUGAAAACAACUAAAGACAUAAUAUUUAAAGAGAAAAAUAUUCCGUGACUUCUCGGAGGAGUGAAUGUUGAUGUGACUUGAAAACUCAAUGGAUGAAUAAAUAUUGUUGUACGUA